UGAGCAUUACUGGUCUACCUUACCUCAAAACUUUAUUGUAAUAUUUUGGAUUUUAGCAGCUUUUGUAAAAUGUUUCCUCUGGGAUUUUAGUAUCACAUGAGAGAAAAAAGCAACGAUAGUUGUGUGUACUUUACCUAAUUUUUCUAGGUAAAUGUCAACUUUUUGCAACUGAUCACCAUUCCACAGGUCAUUGGAGUUCAUAACCAGCAGAAUGAAUUCUGUUUAUUUCUGUGGACCAUUGCAACGCGUCAACUCGUUAUUUCACGAGGCUCACCAGCAGAUGGCGCAGCGGUAUCAGCUUCAUUCAGCGGCCAGUCCGGCGUCCCUGCAGACUCUCACUGUGGCCGAGCGCCUGGCAGAACUCAUCCUUGAGGCACGCUACGGGAACCAGCAAAAGCAGCGUCGCAGUCGCACCGCCUUCAGUGUGUCCCAGUUACAAGCCCUCGAAAAGGCUUUUCAGCAAACCCAGUAUCCAGAUGUGGGCAUGAGGGAGAGACUAGCAGUCUGCAUCAACCUCCCAGAAGCCCGUAUACAGGUGUGGUUCAAAAACAGACGUGCCAAAUUUAGAAAAGGUCAACGCUUUGCACCCUUUUCCAAAGAAGAAAGCCAAGUGCAUUGUCCUGAUACUAAACAACGGAAAGAAUUGGUGAAGGACCAGGAGAAAGGCUCAAAUUCAAAAUCUCAUUCCCCUUUUAGGGAACACAACACAAUUCCUUCCUCAUCGGACUCUAUUCACCCUCAUUCCCACCCCAGACUGCACUCCUCUGCUGUUCUUCCAUUCGUUAAUGUAGAAACCUACCAACAACCACUGCCUCAUGGUCUUGGGCUGCUGUCUGCAGGUCUGCCUUUCUCUCCUACAUAUUUGCCUGUAAUGCAACAGCAGCACAGCACAGCUGUCAGUCUCAUGCCAUUGGGAAAAUGCAACAAUCUCAUGCUUCAGUCUGCCUGUCAAUCUAAAUCUUUGGUUCACCACCACUUGGACAUGUAGCCGUACCACCAACCAAUAAAACCCACUGAGCCAGUUAUCCUCAUUAGGAUGUGAAGAGGGAACAGGUGUUCCUGUGUUCUUCCCCCCACCACAACAUCAUAACCUUAACCCUCAGAGUCACAGAAGGGUCUGGAUUUGUAAUCUUUUUCUGUAAUUUUCAUUAAUUGGUUUUGAUUGCAUUUUUUACAAACUGUUUUUUUUUUGUUGUUGUGAACUUCCAUGCAUAGCUUAGAGCAUUGUUGAGAAAAAUGUUGUGUUGCACAUACAUAUUUGAGCACUUUGUAGAUUUUUUAUGAACAUAUGAUCAUUUUGAAUACAAAUAAACAUGAGGAACAUCUGAAUCAGCA